UUCUCGAGAUUAGAGUGGUGCACUCAGGUGGUACCGCGAGCGUGGCAUAUACACAAGGUAACUACCGCGUAUCAUGUCAUUCGGCGCGCUUGCCACAGAACGAAUGUCUUUAAAAAGUGAAUGAGGGUGUGCAUUUCUUAGUUAGUUUCUGGACAAGAUGCCGACUUUUGCGGAAAUUAAAAAAAUCCUCUCGGACUGCCAACAAUCUCAUUUGUUAAGAUUCUGGGAUGAAUUGAACGAAAAAGAACAGUCACAAUUUUUGGAGCAACUGGGUACCAUCAAUUUCAAAGAAGCGAGUGAUAUCUUUACAAAAGCACAAAAUUCUUUAUCCGAAGAUGUCCAGAAGCUGGAUAGCCGAAUGAAACCUAUUCCUCCAGAACAAUUCGAAUCGGAAAAAAGCGUGAACGAGAAAAUCCUGGGAGAAUAUAAAAGUACUGGCUUGGAAGCUAUAGCUAAUAAUGAAGUAGCUGUUUUAUUAUUGGCUGGUGGUCAAGGUACAAGACUUGGGGUAAAUUACCCUAAAGGUAUGUUCUCAGUCGGAUUACCAUCAGGAAAACCUUUGUUCCAAAUUCAAGCUGAGCGCAUCCGAAGAGUGAUGAGUUUAGCGAAACAGCAAACUGGUAAAACUGGGAAAAUUUGCUGGUACAUCAUGACAAGUGGCCCAACAAAUUUCACUACCAAAGAUUUUUUAAGGAAAAAUGAUUACUUUGGAUUAAAUAAAGACGACGUGAAGUUGUUUCAACAAGGUCUCCUUCCCUGUUAUGAUUUUGACGGGAAGAUAUUCUUGGAUGAAAAACACAUAGUGGCGCUUGCUCCAGAUGGCAACGGAGGGAUAUAUCGUUCUUUACACCAAAAUGGUAUCUUAGAGGACAUGAAGAAAAGAGGAAUCAAGUACGUUCACGUACACAGUGUUGAUAAUAUUUUAAUAAAAGUAGCCGAUCCAGUGUUCAUAGGAUACUGCGUUAAGAAAGAGGCAGACUGUGGUGCUAAAGUUGUCAGUAAAGCUGAGCCUACUGAAGCAGUUGGAGUUGUUUGUCAAGUCGAUGGUAAGUUCCAAGUUGUGGAAUACAGUGAAAUAACCGAAGCCACGGCAAAUCUAAGAGACAGUGACGGAAAUUUACUCUUCAAUGCUGGUAACAUUUGCAACCACUUUUUCACCACAGACUUUUUAAAUAAAGUGGCUGCAAAUUUUGAACGUGAAUUGAAGCUCCAUGUCGCAAAGAAGAAAAUUCCGCACGUGAACGAAAACGGAGAGAAAAUUAAACCCAGUAGUCCUAACGGUAUAAAAGUGGAAAAGUUUGUCUUCGACGUGUUUCAAUUUGCUAAGAAAUUCGUUACUUGGGAGGUACCUCGUAAUAGUGAAUUUAGUGCUUUGAAAAAUGCAGACAGUGUUGGAAAAGAUUGUUCCCUUACUUCCCGUCGCGAUCUUUUCAAUUUACAUAAAAGUUACAUAGAAAAGGCGGGGGGUAAAGUUACAUGUGACGGAGUAGAGAUUUCUCCUUUGUUGUCGUAUGCGGGGGAGAGUCUGGAGGUCCGUGUUAAGGACAAAGUCUUUGAUACCACAACAGUGAUUCUAUCCGACGAGGAAAUUUUAAAAAAUGGAAAUGUCAUUUGUGAUGGCGACUGCCGCUGAUGUUUUAAUCUGCGAUAUUUAAAUAUUAGGUCGGUCAAAAGUAAUUAAAACGUCAUGGAUUUAAGUCACAUUUAAAACAUAUGUACAUUUAAAUAUUAUGUGAUGAAGUAAUUUGUCAUUAGCUUUUGAGUAAAUUAAUUUUUAUAUUUACGAGGUUUUGACGCUAACUUUUGACCUUCCUCGUAUACAAACAUAAUCCUAAAAGACAAUUCUUGUAGCAAAUAUAGAUCAUACUUAUCAACUCAUAAAUUGAAAAAAAAGUAAAACUUAUUUUUUGUAAAAAACAAAGCGAUAAGCAUACGAAAAAACAAAGAAUGCUAUUUAUUUUGCAAACCGCUUCUCUUGAAGUAUUUCUUAAAGUAUAAUACAAUUUCUUUUUCGAUUUCAUUAUAGGCUUAUUGGCUUCAAAAAUAUUUUUAUUCUUUACUUAGUUUUUGAAAUGCCUCAAUAUUUUGAAUAAAACAUGCAAUGUUUUCUAAAA